AUGCUCUCCAGAGUGGAGCGCUUCUUCAGAUCACCAUCCCGCAUAGAUAUCCGAAUCCACCUUGAGAAAAAGCAGCCUAUCUACACGAAUGAAGACGAGGUCUCUGGACAUGUCAUCAUCCAUAAUAGAGCAGAGGUGGACCUUGCAAGGAUAACGAUCAAACUCUCGGGCUCAGCGACGUCAAGACUGGAUUCAGGGAAGCUGACUGAAUCGCAUGAGUUGUUCAAAAAGUCUGAAGAAAUAUUUCCUCCCAGUCAUUGCGCAGGGUUUUUUACAGCUGGGGCCGUGACUGUCUCUCCAGGAGAGCAUGCCUUUCCAUUUUCGAUCAUGUUCCCCCAGGCCUCGGAAUGCUACAAGACCGGCACGGUACAUCUUGCUCGCAAACAAUCGCCAGGCUCUCAGCCUCACCACCUGUUGCGAAAGCUUCCACCUUCCACCGGGAAUAGGUCUACGUGGGAGGAGAUCAGGUAUAUGCUGGAGGCGAGCGUCGCAAUGAAUGGUCUCAUAUUAUCUACCAUCCGUCACCCAUUACAUGGGCCGAAGGACAGAAAGACCGUCAUUUGCACUUCAGAGGGCUCGGACCUGUUAUAUCCACCUCUGUUCUACGAGAUCGAGGCGGAGAUCUUGAACGGACCAUUCCUUCUGCUAGGACACCCAAUUGCGCUAAGGGUAAAGACCAUGAACAUGAACGAUUGCAACAACGCGAUCUAUCUGCACAAUUUUCAAUCCAUGCUCAUUGAAACGACGGAGGUGCGAGCGCGUGGAUCGAUGCAGAGUCUGACUCGUUCGUGGGUCAUACAAACGGCGGCAAAUCUGCGCCAACCACUCGUGCCCGAGUACAGCCCGACAGUCAGAUCGUUAUUAAUCCUCAAUGGCAGUCUAUGGAGUCGGCAUCGUGUCCCGUUGCAUCUGACUCCCACAUUUGAAACGUGCAACCUCAGCCGGAGCUACAAGCUUGAGAUAAGGCUAGGGAUUGGAUUUUGCAGGAAUAACACGAGGAUCCUGGAGUUUCAGUUCCCAGUUUACGUCUUGUCGCCUUCAUCUACCCGACCCUCUGUCGGCAGCCCGGCACCUACACUACACCACCAUGAGAGAGACGCUCUUGAAAAGUAG